AUAGAUGAGUUGUGUUGUGUCUUAGUUACAAGUACAAUUUUAGGGUUAACAAGUAGAUCUGUCCAAAACAAAACAAUGGGGUUGUCUUUUCGUCUUGCCGCCGUGAAGGAGCAGAGCAAGAAGAAGAAGGUACUGUUGGAACUCAAUUUUUACACAAGUGGCUCCGGCCAACUUUCCAGCGACUUUUUCGGUGAAGGCCGUCACCGGAUUGACCGGAUAAUGGAGUCUUUGGAUUCCUUGUACCACAAGGAGGAGCCAGAAGAAGAAGUAGAAGAAUAGUCCUCUUGAAGAAGCCCGAUUCGAAAUCCUGUGGCUUUGAGAAGAUCCCUGAGGAUAUAUUCAUGGAUAUUCUAGCGAGAUUGCCGGGGAAACUGGUGACGAGGUUAAAGUGCGUCUCAAAGCUCUGGUCAAACAUCAUCUCCUCCCGAUCUUUCACUAACCUUUUCCUUAAGACUCCGUCACCACGGCGUCUUUUUGCGUAUAUUAUGAACGAGGAAAAACAAUCCGAGUUUGCGUUGCUCUCAUCAUCGCCGGAUCCGUACUCGUGCAGGUCUGUCUCUUUACUAGACCAAGAUAUUAAGAUGCAGGGAAUCGGAGGUUACAUAGUGAACGCUCUUCGAGGCUUGGUCUGUUUCAGAAUUGGGACAAGACUGCAAAUUUGUAACCUCACCACCAAGCAGCACGUGGAGUUGCUUGCCUAUGAUAACAUCUACCAACAUUAUUUUUCGGGAGGACGAUGGUAAUCCGUGGAACUAUUUUGGGCACGACUCUGUUAAUGAUGAAUACAAAGUGCUUAGCAUAGUUUGGGAGGUGGGCGAGGAAGAGAGAGUUCUCAAAUCCGAGCAUCAAGUGUUGGUACUUGGUGCUGGAGCUUAUUGGAGAAACACUCAAAGCACCAUCCCUCCUCCUCCUCAUUGUCCUUACACACAAGGUUUCUCCAUCAACGGUGUCUUGUAUUAUGGAGCUUGGUUUGGUAAGAAUAGGUCUGUGUCUGUGGUCAUGAGUUUUGACUUUGCUUCUGAGGAGUUCACUGUGAUCAAAUUACCCGUUGAUGAAGCUAGCCCGAAUCUCAUGAUCUACGGAGGUAAACUAGCUGUUUUUUAUUAUUCCACCAAAUCUCUUGCGUCUGAUGGUAGUGUGGACCUAUGGAUUAUGGAGGAUGCCAGGAAAUGUAUAUGGUCAAACAAGAAGUCUUUAGUUUUGCCUAUUUCCAAAAUGUAUUUCGUUAGUUUCUAUCACAUGAGGAUGCAAGGCACGAGCCUCAACAGUGAGGUUAGGUUGACAUAUGCAAAUUUUAUGCGUGAUCAACCAAUACAUGUUGUCACUUAUGAUUUGGAGAGGAAUAAGAUGACAAGAAGGGUUGAAAUAAGCCCAUUACGCGACAGAUUUGGAGUAACCAAGUGCUUGCAGACGGAUUUUUGGGAGGAUAUCGAGACCAUAAUGUAUUUGGAAACCUAAAUGACUAUGCCCUAGUCAUUAACUUUUAAAGCCUCCAUAAUUUCACUUUCAUUCAAUUUUGUUUCGCGUGUAUGACUUUUGGGCCACUGUCAUUGCAAGAUAGUUUUUUUUUUCUU